AUGUUUAAAGCAACUUUAUUAUGUGUAAUCAUUGGUAUUUGUUAUGUUCAAUGUGCUAUUAUGAACAUCACUGAUGAUUUCGAUACAUUAGAUAAAUUACCAACUAUGAAUGCUACACUCUUAGAUACUAAAGAUACUGUUCCAUUUCAUUUACCAUCUUUCAAUGUAACUAAAAUAGAUAGCAGUGAAACACAAGUUAAACCAACGGAUAUGGAUAUAUAUUAUAAAUGGUUGAAUUUUCUCAAAUCAUCGACACCACCACCAAUGAAUAAUUCUACUGUUAUAUCAAAUUUAAUCUAUGUAAACAAUACCAUGGAUUCAUAA